UAAAUUUUAUUUUCAAAGUUUCAAGUUAUCCAGAAAACAAAAUAUGGGCCGCCGGAAUGAUGACGUUUCUGCAACUUCCGGCCUCCAUUUUCCUUUAAUUGAAUCAUUCGACAAACCCAAAACAAACAGAUUUUCUUUUCUAUGUGCAAUCGUCGCUUCCAUGUGUGCGGUCUUGCUCGGUUACGAUAUCGGUGUAAUGAGUGGUGCGGCAAUCUACAUUCAAGAGGAUUUUCAAAUUUCUGAUGUGGAAGUGGAAAUCCUGGUCGGAAUCAUCAGUCUUUACGCUACUAUUGGCGCCGCCGCCGCUGGCAAAACCUCUGAUUCAAUCGGCCGUCGCUACACCAUGGCUCUCUCCGCCGGAUUUUUCUUCGUCGGAGCCAUUCUCAUGGGGUUCGCCCCUAACUACAGCCUUCUCAUGUCCGGCAGAUUCGUUGCCGGUAUCGGUAUUGGUUACGCUUCGGCGAUUGCCUCUGUUUACACCGCUGAGAUUUCUCCCGCAUCGUCUCGUGGCUGCCUUUCCUCUUUCCCAGAGGUGUUUGUUAAUGUCGGUAUCUUACUUGGAUACAUUUCAAAUUAUGCAUUCUCCAAGCUUCCAGUUCAACUAGGAUGGCGAUUUAUGCUCGGAAUUGGAUUAAUCCCAUCGGUGUUCUUAGCCGUCGUUGUAAUUCUCGUAACGCCGGAAUCUCCACGAUGGCUUGUAAUGCAAGGCCGUCUUGCCGAAGCCAAACAAGUCCUCAUAAGAACCUCAGAUUCCAUUGAAGAAUCUCUACAACGCCUCGAUGACAUAAAAAAUGCCGUCGGAAUUCCAGCAAAUUGCGAAGACGACGUCGUUCAAAUCCCAAAACAGAGCAGCAAAAGCGACGACGUAUGGAAAGAGUUCUUCCUUCACCCAACGCCAGCCGUCCGCCACAUCCUGAUAACCGUCAUCGGCGUGCAUUUCUUCCAGGAAGCCUCUGGCAUGAACGCUGUCGUUUUAUACAGUCCUAGAAUCUUUGCGAAGGCCGGAAUAUCAUCCUCCGACCACAAGCUUCUCGCUACGGUGGCCGUCGGCGUGACAAAGACAGUUUUCAUCUUGGUCGCCACCGUCCUGUUCGAUCGAGUAGGGCGACGACCGUUGAUUUUGACGAGCAUCGGUGGAAUGAUCAUAUCCUUAAUUACAUUAGGGGUUGGGCUAACGAUUAUUGAGCGGUCGCAUGAGCAAGACACGUGGGUGGUGGGGUUUUGCGUUGCCAUGGUGUUAACCGUCGUGGCAUUUUUCUCGACAGGGAUCGGGCCGAUGACUUACGUCAGCUCGGAGUUAUUCCCAUUGAAGCUACGUGCUCAAGGGGUGAGCAUGGGGAUGGUGGUGAAUACCAUGAUGGGUGGAGUUGUGUCAAUGACGUUUUUGUCCUUAUACAACGCGAUUACAAUUGGCGGCACGUUUUUUCUCUUUGCUGGCAUUGCGAUGGUUGGUUGGGUGUUCUUUUAUGUGAUCUUUCCAGAGACACGUGGAAAGAAUUUGGAGCAAGUUGAAGGACUUUUUGGUAAUUUGCUGUGGAAAUUCUCUGUUAAGAAGGCUGAUACUUCAGAUGACGUGGAAAAUAGUGGAAAUGAGUAGCCGGUACAGCUCAAGGAGAAUUUGAGUUAUGAAGAGAAACCAAUGGAAAUCCUCGAUAGAAAAGAAUAGGUACUCAGAAACAAGACGAAAGGCACCUGGGAAGCCGAGGAGCAAAUGAGGAAGAAGUAUCCCCAGCUAUUCAACUAGUAUUUUUCAUGUAAAUUUUGAGGACGAAACUUCUUGUAGGGGGAGGUAAAUUGUAAACCCCGAACCCUACUUUCCCUACCUAAUUAUGAUAGCCAUGUGGUUACAAUGUUAAGUAAGUGAUAUGUGAAAUUAUGGCAUAAUGUAGGGAAACAAGGAAGGAAGAAUGUGAAGAAGAAAACUUGAGUUAUGUUAGGCCUUGGGUGGUAAAAUAUGUGGGGUUAGAGAAGUAGAAAUUUUGACUAAGUAUGGAAGCUUGAAGGAAGCCUUGGCAUGAAAGAAGGCUUAAGUGAUGGGUUUGGUGUUAGAAAAGUUAGACGGGCCAAAAUUGUUAGUGUUGGUCGUGUGAGAAGCUUUAGGCAAUGAGUUAAGUGUUAGCAAGGGCAAUGGGGCGGCUAGGCAUGACAAGGCUGAAGUGAGGUGCUGAUGAGGGAUGUUAAGGAAGUCUUGAGCACCCAUUAAACCAUAUAGCUAGCUCGAUUAGAGUCCUAAAACCUGUUAGUGGGCGAGGUGGCAGCAUGAGGUUUCAUGUAGUGGAAGCAGCUGGUGGUAUAAAAAGAAAGGUGAAGUUCAGAGGCUCGGUUUGGAAAAUUAUUUCAUGCUAUCUGAGAGAUAUCAGAUCCAUUUGAAAGCUGAAGAAGUUUAGUUUCUGUGGUGGGGCUUUCGAAGAAAAAAUCUGAAGGAAAAAGGCCAAAGAAUGAAGAAAUUGUAGAGAGGUCAAGUUAUCGGGUUAAUCGGGGCAGUGGUGAAAAUAUGAAGCUCCUGAUUAAACGACAAAGAAUUUUGAGCUGAAAUUUUAAGUUGAAUAUAGAAAUUGUUGAACAAGCAAGCAGCUGCUUGGGAAGGAUAAGCAAGCAGCUAAAAGAUCUAAAGCUACUGGCCAAACCACAAGAAACUUUGAGCUGAAAUUUUAAGAAAUGUUAAACAAGCAGGCAGCUACUUGGGAAGGAUAAGCAAGUAGCUCAACGAGUAGGUGCAUGGGCAAGACGGCUACGUGAUAAGUCACACGUGAGGCUGUGCACGCAAGCGAGGGAGGCCACAAGGAAGGGCCAUUGGCGUCGAGGGGCUGGCUGAUUGCGCGAUGCUAGACAAGGCAAUGGGAGGUUAAGUUGCCGCAAGCUAAAAUGAUUAAAGCCCCAAAGUUUUUCUAAGUGUCCAAUGCCUAAGGUAGUAUGCAUUAAAAAGGUAUGAUGUGUUAGUAAUGAAGAUAUGAGCUAUGUU